GUGACGAUGAUCCUGCAAGAAUCGCUAAGGUUGUACUCACCGAUACCUCUGACGGCAAGAGAAGCCACAGAGACGGUGAAACUAGGAAAAUUGACUAUUCCAGCAGGGACACAAUUGUCAAUUCUAAUAGGCAUGCUCCAUCGCAAUCCCGAUAUUUGGGGCGACGAUGCAAAUGAGUUCAAACCUCAGAGAUUCUCCGAAGGGUUUUCUAAUGCGUCGAAAAUCCAAUCAUCUUUCAUACCGUUCAGUUCGGGCCCACGGGUGUGUCUCGGGAUAAACUUCACGAUGAUCGAAGCGAAAAUAGCUCUAUCAAUGAUUCUCAAGUGUUUCUCGUUUGAGCUGUCUCCAAAUUAUUUGCAUGCUCCUUUUCCGGUUCUUACUCUUACACCACAGUAUGGUGCCCCGAUGAUUCUGCGCCGUCUCUAA